AUGAAUGCUGUCAGCCAGGUUGCCUCUGCAGAGUGUAUCUGUGGGCCUGUUGCUGCCUGUGUGUGUUAUGUGUUGAAGGUUCAAGUGUUUGGGAGUUUCAGCACGGGCCUCUAUCUGCCAACCAGUGACAUCGAUCUGGUGGUGUUUGGGAACUGGGAAAACCUGCCCCUUUGGACCCUGGAAGAGGCCCUGCGGAAGAAAAACGUGACUGACGAGAACUCCAUCAAAGUGCUGGACAAGGCCACGGUACCCAUCAUCAAGCUGACAGACUUCCGCACAGAGGUGAAGGUGGACAUCAGCUUCAAUGUGAAGAACGGAGUUAACGCUGCCCUUCUCAUCAAAGACUACAAAAAGAAAUACCCAGUGCUUCCGAAGUUGGUUCUGGUGCUGAAGCAGUUCCUUCUCCAGAGGGAUCUGAACGAGGUUUUCACUGGAGGGAUCGGCUCCUACAGCCUCUUCCUUAUGGCUGUCAGCUUCCUGCAGCUUCACUACAGAGAAGAUGCGUGCAGCCCCAAUGCCAACGUGGGCGUUCUCCUUAUAGAGUUCUUUGAGCUCUAUGGGCGCCACUUCAACUACCUGAAGACGGGCAUCCGGAUCAAAGAUGGCGGCAGCUACGUGGCCAAAGACGAGAUUCAGAAGAGCACUGACCUCUACAGGCCCUCCAUGCUCUUCAUUGAGGACCCCCUAGCCCCAGAUAACGACGUUGGCCGCAGCUCAUACGGUGUGUUGCAGGUGAAGCAGGCCUUUGACUAUGCCUACAUAGUGCUCAACCACGCCGUAUCGCCCAUCGCCAAGUACUACCCCAACAACGAGUCUGAGAGUAUACUCGGCAGAAUAAUUCGGGUGACCCAGGAAGUGGCUGAAUACAGGGACUGGAUCACCAAGCUCUGGGGACCACAGUCUCAGAAUGAACCUGCCCUGAAUGGAAAUGAUGUCACACUGUUAGUGAAGCCUCAGCGGCUGGACGAGUGCAACAACAACCUGACGGAGGAGGUGACUGCAUCUCGCAGCAAGACCUCCUCCAACUCCUCCUCAUUAGCGUCAUCCUCAUCCUCCACGGUAUCCAGUUCCAGCGACGUUGAUUCUGACGGGACGCCCUGUAAGACAGUGAAGCAACUGCCUGGGCGGGGCUCCAGCGCCCACAGAGAAUCCUCAGGUGGCGUGACCAAUCACAGAACACAGAGGCACACCACCAGCACUCCUACUGACAACAAGGGGGGCAAGGCCAGGUUGUUCCGCUCGUCCAGUAAAAACACCCACCACGCACAGCAGAACUCGUCCUCAUCCAACAUCAAGAGCCACCCGAGCAGCAAGCCACACUACCAGGGCAACAGCAAGAAGAGGAAACCUCAGCAGCACUCCGAGGCCCAGGACCUCUGCAGAUAGGGCCGUCUUGGUCUGCUCUGCAACAGACUGACAGCCUGACUGUCCCACUUCUGCUGCCAGACCACAUACUGACUGAGGAGUAGUAUUAAGGAUCUUCCUUCUCUCAAGCGACACGCAUCUUUUUAUAGCUGAAAAAUAACCCAAAAAAAGAAAUGGGAAAUGCUGGGGCUUAGUUCUUGAAAGAAAUGCUCAUUUUCUUCCUUGACAUAAACAUGUUCUACAGUGGAGCUACACACCACAUCCAGUACCUACAAAUCUUGCCUUUUACCAUAGCACCAUCUGGUGUUUUGGAGGAAUAAGUGUCUGGAAAGUAAUGUAGAUUUUGACAAGCAAUACCUGGAACUUGGCUGGUGAACGAACUUCAGCAAGAAAAGUUUAAAAAAAAGAAUAAAAUACACAAAUAACAAAAAUGUACAAAAUGUUAUAUUGAAGAAGAAAAAAAAUUCACAGAUUGAAAGACUAAAACCCAAAAUGCAAUCUGUAAGUGGAUACGAUAAUUUUGUUUUUUUUGAUGGGCAGUUAUUUUUUGGUUGUGUAAUCAGAUUAUACAAAGAUUUGUACAAAAAAAGACAAACAUGCGGAAAUCUUUUGAGAAAAAAUUAUCAUAAAAAUUGUUUGACUUUUUACCGGAUAAUAGUGAUUCAAGGCAAAUGUAGAUGUGCACAUUUGCCUGCUAAUCUGAGUAGUGGCAGGUUUGGGUUCCAUUGCCAACAUAAAUCAUCAGCAUUCUAUUUCUACUUGGCUGCUCUCUCAAUGUGUUGACAGGCUUCUUUCCAAAUUGUACCCCCUUUCCUAUAUAGUGCACUACUUUCACUAAAUAGGGAAUAGGGUGCCAUUUGGGAUGCACUAACAGUGUUAGCAGUAUGCCUUAGUCAGGUAACGUGCACACACACAGCCCUAUAGAUUACUGGCUGGCUGGGGACAAAUCACUCAUUCAUACAUACAGCUCUAUACAACAACAGCGAUGGUUUUUAGAGGUUCUCCCAGACUCAUAGAAUUACAGUUAGAGGACAUAAUGAUUUUUGAAAAAUUCUCCCCUUGAAAUAUGUCAAAGAUCCAUAGGUGUGGGAGGUAAUCUUUUCCCUUUGGUAAUUUACCCAUUAUGAAAAUUUGUAUUUGUUCAUGUAUUUUCUAUUAAUGAUAUGAAUAUAUAGUACUAUACAUGUUAUAUGUAUUAACACUAGAGACCAUAUUCUUGUAUCUUAUAUUUGGAUGGGACUAGUGGGAUAUUGGGGAAGUAUAAUUGGUCAGGUGCAGUACCAAUGUUGCUGUUUUGUGGCAUUUUGUUUUAAUAUGUGGCUGGUCUACUUUUUAAAAGGGAGCUGAGUUUUUGUUCAGAAUAUAAUGCAAACAAACACCUCUUUGGUAAUGUGUCAACAACCCCUCGCUGAAAUGUCCGGUAUGUCAACAUCUGAUUGCAGUUCCACAACUAACCUGUAGAUGGUGGCAUUACUCGACUCUUCACAGCUGGCACCUGCAUUUAGACCUUUUCUUCAGCGUCAUAGUCAAAUGUAUUCAGACCCCUUGACUUUAUCCACAUUGUUACAUUACAGCCUGAUUCUAAAAUUAAUUAAAUUGUCAUC